AUUGGUUUCAAUGGCGGCAACUCCACGCAGGCAUACGAAUAUCAGCCCUUUUCGCAAAACCCUCGCAUAUCGUUGUUACCUAAGAUGGGUUUGGGUAAUGGCAUUGAGGGUCGUUUCUACUUCACAAUAGACGAGGAGCUGGAGCCAGGCGCCUGUGUUAACAAGGAGCUGGACCCUAAUUUGCCGGACAGACUCCCUUUGCAUACAUCUACAGAUUACAUACUGAUGUUAGGGGGACAGGAGCUCAACUUCACGGGUCCCUGUCUUACGGAGGAGUCCAUCAUAACGUGUCGGUUCGAUGUGUUGAAAGUGAAGGGCCGUAUGAUGACACCCAAUAUCGGCGCCUGUAUUACGCCGGCUGUCAUGUAUGAAGGUUAUGUGGACUUCACGGUAACAGUGGAUGAUAAGACAUUUUGGUAUUCUCAAUCUCCGGAAAGUCGCAAAGAGUUUGACGUAUGGGUGAAAGAGCAGGAAGUGGUGGAGGAGUUGCCUAUCGAGCGAAAGCCGGAAGACCCGCACACACUGACCAUUGAAUGGCAGGCGGACGACCUGACCUGGGAUGAUGACGUCCACGUAUCCAUUUCCCUGUGGGGCUACAGCGAGAAACUCGACGUCUACCCGAGUCUCACGUUUUUGGCGGACGACCUGACCUGGGAUGAUGACGUCCACGUAUCUAUUUCCCUGUGGGGCUACAGCGAGAAACUCGACGUCUACCCGAGUCUCACGUUUUUGGUUGAGUUGCAAACGAAUCUCGAGAAUAAUGGCAAAUAUGAGCUCGACUUGAAUAGUCUGCCGCAGCUGCCGGCGCUCGACAACUAUGAGUUCACCUUUGGUUUCAUUGGUAUUAAUAUAACGGGAGAGCAAUGGAGUCAAACGUUAUGGUCGAAGCCCACGCCUUUGGGCUGGUAUAUGAGGCCGUAUUGGAUCAAAGAGUACGGUCAUAACUGGAGUGAGAGGUUUUGUCGUAAUUGGUUUAACAGGGAGUCUGAGUUGGACCGGUUCGCCAUCACAGUGUUCCGGUGCCCGUGCACUAUGACCCAAUCGGAAAGGGACCGGGGUCGAUUCGCACCCGACCUACAGUGCAACGUGAUUGACAAAAAGUGUGACACACUACACCAUGGGGCACUACACUGUGUCCGCACUGCCCGACCCUCGAUCGGGGGUUCGGGUCAGACAUGUUGUUACGACGAUUACGGAGAGUUACUACAAACAGCAGACACUAUGUACGGGGGUCGACCCUCUCGUGCCUUUGUCUAUGGAAAACACCCGUUUAAACAGCGAGUUAUGGUGCCGACCCUAUCCUACUGGUUGUACGACAUAAUGCCAUUCUUCUAUUGCUGCAAAUGGGCGCCGGGACAGGAGAACAGCAAGACCUGCCAAAUGAUGAACUAUUGGCGCACAUCUCAAGACUGCUCCUCAUACCAGACACCCGGCGUCGCCACCGUCUAUGGGGACCCCCAUAUUUUGACAUUCGACCGGUACAACUAUACAUUCAAUGGUAAGGGCGAGUUUGUGUUGGUUCACACGGACAACCCGGUGCACAAACUGGACAUACAUGGCCGGUUCGAGCAAAUGCCGAACCUGAACGGCACCCACCUAACAGCGGUGGCCAUACGCGACAAUAUAUCAUCGAUAGUGGAGUUCCGGUUGAGACCGGUGGCCGCCCGGUGGGAUUUCCAGCUCUACCUGUUCGGUGAUAAGGAGAUGUACUACUUCUGGCAGCCGGACAUGCGGUCCAUACAGAUGAAGGGUGUGAUGCUGUACCAGCCCGCGGGCAUCAGGAAUAUGUCGCACAUUAUAGCUAUGUUUGACUCCGGGGCGGGCGUCGAGAUUAUGGUGAGCCCAGUGGGCUCCCUAUUGCUCAACGUAUACCUGCCCAAUACGUUCAUUAAUAAUACCAUCGGUUUGUUAGGCAAAUAUACUCGAGAUAUGAACGACGACCUGGAAUUGCCGGACGGGCGUCCCGGCCCACGACCCGGCUCAUCACUCACCAUACAUGACCUGCACGACAAUUUUGCCAAUCAUUACCGGCUCAAAGAAACCCUAACCCCAGUUAUCGGUCAGUCCCUGUUCUGGCACAACCCGGUCGACCACUCCGACUACGACGACGUCAAGUUUGAGCCCAAAUGGGAUAUCACUCCCGAGGAUCUCGACAAACAUCCCGAUGUGAACAAAGUGUGCAGUGAUAGUCAGGCCUGUAUAUACGACUAUAUGGUGACGGGUGACAGCGGCUACGCGGGACAGACCAAGAAAGACGAGGCGGCGGCUGAACUCAUUUACCGGGAACUAACAGAUACGGUGAUCAGGUGCCCGGCCCUGCCUAAGCCCAAAAAUGGUCGCAAAUCAGAAAACCGUUACUGGCCAGGGACUAUAGUACGAUUUUCGUGUGAUGAGGGCUACCGACUGGUCGGAUAUGAGGUGCGCCGGUGCCGUGAGGACGGUCUAUGGUCGUGGGGUGUGGACCCCGAGUGUAUUAAGGAUGUCAGCUAUAAACUGACCCUGGGAGGCAUUUUUAUAGGUGUGAUAUUGCCGGUGAUUAUCAUAAUAGUCUUGUUUGUCGUGUGCUGGCGCCGGGAGCGUAAGGCGCGGGCCGGCUACUACCCGACCCCCGAUAAGGACUACGAGAUAAGCGCCGUGAAAACGGAGGAGCCGUCCGAUAGUUUUUUGCAUUCAGGCGCUGAUGAAUCUCAUAGCAAAGAGGGGACGGGUAGUGAUGAUACGGCGACGCCCGCUAAGGUGGCUAUGGUGUAG